GAUGAAUUCGGGGUUGCUUCUGAGCAGGGUUCUUCAGAGAUUUUAAUUGUUUGGAAAUUUAUUUGAGUCGUAUUCUUUUGAAAUUUUGAGUUAAUAAUAAGCCAGUGUGGAGUUAAAAUAUCUAGAAAAUAAAGAAUAAUGUUUAUUUAUUAAUUUUUAGUCUAAUGCUAUUUUGGUUAUUAUGGACGUUUGUUUGAAUAUAUUUGUGCUUUGUGCAACGCGCAUCUUUAUAGUCACUGAAACUGAAUGUUUCGGACUGUUUAUGCUGAAGUGCUAAGGAUUAGAAGGGAUUCAUAUUUUAAAGGUUGGGAAAACAAUAGAUGGAACUCGGAAAGAAAAGAUUUGCCAUUUUGCUCUUGGAUAUUUUUUACGCCAUUUUAAGAUAUAAAGGUGGUCGGAUGCCUGGCGUAAGAAACACAGAUAGACGUCGACCGCAAAAUAUUUCUUCAACUUCAUCUUUAGCGCCACGCGUUGUAUUGUCCCGGUUGGAACCAAGAGAAUUUGAACGGCUCAAGCUAUCAUAUAAAGUAGCUUUUAUUGACCAAAGAAAAACCAGAAGCUGCCGUGGUAUGAACAUGGGCCAAAAAAUAAGUGGAGGUUCAAAAUCAGUUAGUCGAAAUGAUUCACAGGCGAACUUUAAGCCAAUAAUACCACGUGAACUUGCAGCUGAUUUUAUUAAACCCACUCGUUUAGAUAUCCUAUUGGAUAUGCCACCAGCAAGUAAGGAAGUCCAGUUGAAACAUUCGUGGAACUCGGACGACCGAUCACUAAAUAUAUUUGUAAAAGAAGACGAUAAAUUGACUUUUCAUAGACAUCCUGUAGCUCAGAGCACAGAUUGCAUUCGUGGGAAAGUUGGUCUUACAAAAGGAUUACACAUAUGGGAAAUAUAUUGGCCUACAAGGCAAAGAGGUACACAUGCAGUGGUAGGAGUAGCCACAGCUGAAGCACCUUUGCAUUCAGUCGGCUACCAAAGCUUAGUGGGCUUGUCAGAUCAAAGUUGGGGUUGGGAUUUAGGUAGAAAUAAACUAUACCAUGAUUCUAAAAACUGUGCUGGAAUCACUUAUCCAGCCAUACUUAAAAAUGACGAAGCCUUUUUAGUCCCGGAUAAAUUUCUUGUUGCUUUGGAUAUGGACGAAGGUACGUUAAGCUUUAUUGUUGAUCAACAAUACCUCGGGAUUGCAUUUAAGGGGCUCAAAGGGAAAAAAGUUUAUCCUGUCGUUUCUGCUGUUUGGGGCCACUGUGAAAUUACAAUGACAUACAUUGGUGGAUUAGAUCCUGAACCUUUGCCGCUAAUGGACCUAUGUAGAAGGACUAUCCGCCAAAAAGUUGGGCGCUCACAUUUAGAGGAGCGUAUUCAAGAACUACAACUUCCUUUAUCCAUGAAGAAGUACCUACUGUACAAAAAUCGAAGAUAAUACUUUAAUAUAAUGACUUAAGAUUUAAUUUACAUUUAAAGAAACUUCACUGUCAAAUAGUAUCGUUAAAGCUGCAAAUGUUGCCACUAUUACACGCGUAAGAUCUCCAAAAAUUCGGUCUAUUUUCACUAACAAACGUAUAAAGUAUAAUUAUAACAUUCUUUACUUUUGACUACAGACUCUCGUAUUAAAAAUAUUUUAUUAGAUAAGCCUAAAAAGUAUCUUGCUUCCCUGUAUAAGGAAGCUUAGAAUAGCAUAGAAAAAAAGCUGUAGGCAUGUUUAGAUUGUUUAUUUGAAUUAUACAAUAAAUUCUCAUAAGUAUUAAUUUUUCUUGCAGCAAUCGUAAUAAUUGUAAUAACUUAUAUAAUUAUGUCAAUACCAUUAAUUUCUAAGAUCUAUCGGUGAAAGUGAGUAAUGGUACUAGAAAGUGUAAAAUCUUUAUUGACGAAAUCAUAUGUUUGUUUAAUAAUAUAAUUUCUGAUACAGUAAUAUAGAUAUUUGCAAUUUU